CACAAGUCGGCCACGUUUGACAAGAUUUGGCGCAAAGCCGAGCGCCGGGUGGCAGUGGACGGGGGCUCGAAGUACCUGCGCUGCCCUCAGGAGCACCCGUUCCCCGACAUACUGAACGGUGACUUCGAUUCGGUGCAAACGGAACGGUUGGAGUACUUCCGGCGGAACGGCACCAAAAUCAUGGAGACCCCGGACCAGGACUACACCGACUUUCAGAAAGCCGUCAAAAUAGUGCUCCAUUUGAAUAAGCGGGCCGUCUAUGAGAACAAUAACGUCGACACCAACGGCACCGGUAGUAGUAAUGGAGGGGCGGUGGCGGCGGCGGCGGGGGAGGACCGGCAACGGCAGGCCUGUGGGGCCAUAAUAGCCAUCUGGUCCUCAUUGGGACGUAUAGAUCAAGUGCUGUCUAACAUCAAUACGCUGUACAGCAAUGAGUUGGACAAUGGCGUGGAUGCCGGUGCCGAUGGGGGCCGGCAGUACGUGCCCAUCAUUUUGCUGCAACUCCACGGGUCGGGCACUCACGUGAUUGAGUCUCACGGGGCGUCCAAAUGGUGUUCACUGGUGCCGGUGGGCGCCCCCACACGGGUCACCACAACUGGCUUUCGCUGGAAUCUAAGCCAAGAUGUCAUGUCUUUCGGUUCACUCAUCAGUACUUCCAAUGAGUUCGACGUCAACCACAGCACAGUCCGCGUCCACACCGACCGCCCACUCCUCUACUCGUACGACAUCUCACAGUCAGACCCCUUACCCCCUGUCGUCCACCCGAACCAGUAG